GGUGUUCUUGAUGGCUACUCCUCUUCUUGACAAGAGCUUUGGCAAAACCCAAGGCUCAAAUGUUUCUGGAAGUGAUGCAAGGCUUUCUUGUUUGUGUAUUCAUGUCCUCUUCCAAAGUCAAAUAAAUGUGCCUGUGUUUUUCAAUAUUAGCAAAGUCUCCCGUGACACGCUGUACGAAGCCGUGAAGGAAGUCCUUCAAGGGAGCCAGACGAAGACACGCAAGUUCCUGGAGACUGUGGAGUUGCAAAUCAGUCUGAAAAACUAUGACCCACAAAAGGACAAGCGUUUUUCUGGCACUGUCAGGCUCAAGUCUGCCCCACGGCCCAAAUUCUCAAUCUGUGUGCUGGGAGACCAGCAGCACUGUGAUGAGGCCAAAGCAGUUGACAUGCCUCACAUGGACAUCGAGGCUCUGAAGAAGCUCAAUAAGAACAAGAAGCUUGUGAAGAAGCUGGCUAAGAAGUAUGAUGCUUUCCUGGCUUCCGAGUCCCUGAUCAAGCAGAUUCCUCGAAUCCUGGGCCCAGGCCUGAACAAGGCUGGCAAGUUUCCUUCUCUCCUUACUCACAAUGAGAACAUGGUGGCCAAGGUUGAUGAGGUCAAAUCCACAAUCAAGUUUCAGAUGAAAAAGGUGCUCUGUCUAGCUGUGGCUGUUGGCCAUGUGAAGAUGACUGAGGACGAGUUGGUCUACAACAUUCAUCUGGCCAUCAACUUCCUGGUAUCUUUGCUGAAGAAAAACUGGCAAAAUGUGCGGGCGUUGUACAUCAAGAGCACCAUGGGGAAACCCCAGCGCCUGUACUAAUGGCAAUAUAAUUUGUUUUUGAGUCAUUUA